GCCGCCUCCCCUGCCCAAGGCUAGCAGUUGUAGCAGGGCUGAAGAAUGCCACCCGGCCCAACAUGCAUUGCGGUUCCAAGAUGGCGGCGCCCAGUGAGCGUAGAGGAAACCCGGCUUCUGGCCCGUCUGCCGGCCCCGGCGCUUUCCCCUUCCCCCUGCCCGGCGCCGGGGCGGAGGAGCAGCCCAGGAAGAAGCCGUGCCGGGCCUGCACGGAUUUCAGGAGCUGGAUCCGGGAGCAACGGAAGCAGACGGCCUCGCAGAGCGGGGAAGCAUAUGUUGAAGAGGAGAAGGAGAAGCCUCCAGAUUGUCCUCUAGACAGAGAAGAACUUGGGAAAAACACAUGGUCUUUCCUUCACACUAUGGCAGCAUAUUACCCAGAUCACCCAAGCAAUUCCCAGCAGCAAGAUAUGACACAGUUCAUUAACUUAUUUUCUAAGUUUUUCCCUUGUGAAGAAUGUGCAGAAGAUCUGAGGGAAAGAUUACGCACAAAUCAGCCUGAUGCCAGAAGCAGGAAUAAUUUAUCCCAGUGGCUAUGCCUGCUUCAUAAUGACAUCAACAGGAAGCUGGGGAAGUCUGAAUUCGACUGCUCCCGGGUGGAUGAACGCUGGCGAGAUGGUUGGAAAGAUGGUUCCUGUGAUUAAUCAGUAGAGACUCUACAGGAAGUCAGACCAAUUCUAGUAUAAUGAGAAUCAUCCCUGAUGUGAACUCAGUACAAGGAGCUGCAGCUCAAUAGUUUGUAUGUGUGGCUGACAUGACUUGUGGAAAUAAAUGUGUCUCCUGCUCUAAAAGGCAACUCAGAAAUCUCAUCCCAACAGAAUAUUUGGUUUAGGGGGUAACUAAUAUAUGGUCGGUCAUGUAGCUGCUGGGACUGGAAUCAUACAUGUGCCACAGGAAGUGCCAGAAACUUGCAAAACUCUGUCACUGGGACAGUUCACAGUAAGGAAAAGUCUCUCAAUUUCUACAGUUCUAGGGGCACCUCGUGACUGCUGUUCCUUUCACUUUUUACAUAGUCCUAGCCUCCUCCUCUUCUACAUUUUUGUUUAUCUGCAAACAUUGCCUUCAAGUUUUAGGCAGUGCCUUUCUUCCUCUGUGUCACUUCAGCCUGUUCUGCUGGUCUUACAACUGGCAGCCCCACUACAAAUCCAUAAGUCUGCUCCAUUCUGUGCCUACCGUGUCGUCCUUGAUCUCUUCUUCCAAAGUCUAUGAGCUGUUGUCUGUUAAUGCUAUUUAACCAUUAAUUCACCUGCUGCCCACUUACUUGCUUAAAGGCCUCAAGGCAGGUAGAUUUUAUUUAACUUUAAAAAUCAUGGAAUCCAGAUCUCUCAUUCCAGCCAUGAUAAAUAUCCUCAUUUUGUGUGUUCCUUUGUCUAAUCUUUCAAGAAGGCAUGGCAGGAAGGAAAAAGAAGCACAAAAACCUGAAGUCGAACAAAUGGCACAAAUUAAUUAGCUGAAUUUUAAACAUUGUGAUUUGAUUGCUAAUUGUUUGGGCUCAUUGGGAGCAAGACGUAAGAAUUCCCAUGGAACCACCUGAUUUUAAUGUAUAUAUUUAUUUUUAAUCUCUGCUGUGAACUUUUGUUGUUUGUAGAAGUGGUUGCAAUGAUGCGUGAAAGUGUGUUAUCUGGUUGUAAUGAAGCCAAUUCAGAUGAGUUUUACAUCUAAGAGUGUGUUCUGAAAUCCUUGAUAGAUAAUCACAGACUGGACUGGUCUGUAUGCUUCUAAGGUGAAAUUCUCUCUUGGGCAGGCCCUCUGCUCUAAGUUCUGUGCAGCAUUUGAAUCCUAUUUGUCUUGUGUUAGUUUUAAAUAAUACCUAGGCCCGCCCUGCAUUGUGGACUUAAAGUGGUGCAUGGUGUGAAAUUCACCCCUAGGAACUGGUCAAGUUCCAUACUGUGUAUUGGGCCGCUAGGUCUGCACUCUUUGCGUGUGUGUGGCGGGGUGUGUGAGAGAGAGAAUUUCAGAUGAACGUGAAAUAUAAACAGCUUGUUUAAAAUAUUUUAGUUGCUUUGCUGGACUUUGUCUAUGUAGACAAAUUUAAAUGGUUAGAAUUAUUGCAAGAUUAUUAAAGAUAUAGCAUGCA